UUUCAACAUGUCAUACUGUAUUGUAUAAUUUUGUGGAUCUCUUGGCCUUAAAAAUAAUGGUAUGGAUCGAAUCACCAAUGGAAAAAAGGUACAUGCCACACAAAUGAAGACAUGGAUUGACUUGGUCAUAAUGGUAACCAAGUUACGUUUUGCAGAAAAAAAAGACGUGAUGAAACAGCAAACAAUUUGAAAAUCUGAAAUAAGACAGCGCGAAGCGCCAUCUAUCUCUAAAUUCGACCACUGCGAAACAGUGAAUUGCAGCCAA